GCUCCUCCCUCCAGCCUCUCUAUCCCCACCCACCUCUCUAUGCUCCUCCCUCCAGCCCCUCUAUCUCCCCCAGCUCUCUAUGCUCCUCCUUCCAGCCGCUCUAUCCCCCCGCUCUCUGUUUCCCCUCUAUCCCCCUCCCCGGCUCUUUGCGCUCCUCCUUCCCUCCGGUCCCUGUGCUCGCUGCUUCUUCCUCUCUAUGAUCUGCUCGUCUAGAGCCUGUGCGCCCCUCGGGCCCGGCCCUGGCGAGCGGACUCGGGCCGUUUCCGGGGCGGGGCCCAGGCUGGCGCGGGGGUAGAAGCCGCUGGAGCAUGACAAGAAUGCACAUGAUUGGGGUUUGCACUGCUUCCCUGGGCUCACUUGGGCUUAUGCGGUUUUUUGGUGUGCCCUGGUCAUGGAGUCUGGCAGCCACACUGGGCGUUUACAUUGGCAGUGGAGGAUGGAGGUUUCUCCGUAUCAUCUUUAAGACGGCUCUGAGGGAUCUCUUUGGCCUCUCGGUGCUGAUACGAGUCAAGUAUGAGUUGCGAAAGCAUCAGCGAACCAAAAACACUAUUCCAAAGAUCUUCCACGAUGUCGUCUGCAGGCACCCUGACAAAGUGGCUCUGAUCUAUGAGGCCAGUGAUGAGAAAUGGACGUUCCGGCAGCUGGAUGAGUAUUCCAAUGCUGUAGCUAACUUCUUCUACCAGCAGGGGUUCCGUCUGGGUGAUGUCAUUGCCAUCUUCAUGGAGAGCCGUCCCGAGUUUGUGGGCCUCUGGCUUGGGAUGGCAAAAGUUGGUAUUGAGGCAGCUCUCAUUAACUUCAAUUUGCGUCUGGAUUCUUUGGUUUACUGUGUGACAACCUCAGGGGCAAAGGCUGUGAUCUUUGGAGGAGAGCUGGCUGCAGCGAUAUCGGAAGUGAAUGGGAUGCUGGGCAAGAACAUGGUGAAGUUCUGCUCUGGAGAUUUUAACCCAGACUCUGUCCCUGUGGAGACUAAAUACCUUGAUCCUCUGCUGAGUACUGCAUUGAAAUCUCCUCCAGAUCAGAUUGCAGCCAAAGGUUUAGAUGAUCGGCUCUUCUAUAUCUACACAUCUGGCACGACAGGAAUGCCAAAGGCUGCCAUUGUGGUGCACAGCAGGUACUACCGCAUAGCUGCCUUUGGGUACUAUGCCUACAGAAUGCGCCCUGAGGAUAUCCUCUACAACUGCCUGCCACUCUAUCAUUCUGCAGGUAACAUCAUGGGAGUCGGACAGUGUCUAAUCCAUGGCCUCACUGUGGUGAUUAGGAAGAAGUUCUCAGCCAGUCGCUUUUGGGAUGAUUGUACAAAAUACAAAUGCACAAUUAUUCAAUAUAUUGGGGAGAUCUGCAGGUAUCUUCUGAACCAGCCAGUACGGGAGGCAGAAGCACAACAUCACGUGCGACUUGCAGUGGGAAACGGAUUGAGACCCACAAUAUGGGAAGACUUUACAAGGCGCUUCAGAAUUAAACAGAUUGGGGAGUUCUAUGGAGCCACAGAGUGUAAUUGCAGCAUUGCUAACUUGGAUGGAAAGGUUGGAGCCUGUGGUUUCAACAGCCGGAUUUUGCCCAAUGUUUAUCCCAUUCGCUUGGUGAAGGUAAAUGAAGACACCAUGGAGCUGAUCCGCGACUCUAGUGGGCUCUGCAUCCCCUGCUGCCCAGGGGAGCCAGGCCUUCUUGUGGGUAGAAUAAACCAGCAGGACCCCUUGCGCAGGUUUGAUGGCUAUGUCAAUGAGAGUGCCACCAAUAAGAAGAUAGCAUGCAAUGUAUUCCAAAAAGGGGACCGGGCAUACCUUUCAGGAGACGUGUUAGUGAUGGAUGAACUUGGUUACAUGUACUUCAAAGACCGUAGCGGGGACACAUUUCGGUGGCGAGGGGAAAAUGUCUCCACCACAGAAGUAGAGGGAAUCCUGAGUCACAUCCUCAGUCAAACGGAUGUUGCCGUGUAUGGAGUGGAGGUACCAGGGGUUGAGGGGAAAGCUGGAAUGGCAGCAAUAGCAGAUCCAAAAGCGAAACUGAGUCCUAAUGCUUUGUAUCAGGAGCUACAGAAGGUACUGCCUCCCUAUGCACGGCCCAUCUUUCUUCGUCUCCUGCCUCAAGUUGACACCACAGGCACAUUCAAAAUCCAGAAAACCCGUUUACAAAGAGAAGGAUUUGACCCUCAUCAAACAUCAGACCGGUUAUAUUUUCUCGAUCUAAAGUUGGGAAAAUAUGUUCCAUUGGAUGAAUGCCUCUUUGAGAGGAUCUGUGCCAGAAAGGUCGCUCUGUGAUCUGGUCUGGGAUGUGUGUCUUGCAGGAAACGCUGCUGACUAGUUUAAGAAGGGACCCUGCCUGUGAAAGUGAGGGAUUCCUGCUAGAUAAAUAGUGCAAGGUCCUCGUGCAAUGCAUCGGCAACCGUGACAAAUUCAUUGGGGUUUAGAAUGUUGUCCUCACAUGUCUUAAGCACAUUAAUUUGUGACCUAUUCCUAUCCUGGGCAUAGACAUGCUAUUUCUCUACUGUUCUGUAUCUAGAGAUUUUUUUUCUCUUUGUAACCACUACAAACUGAGGAACUCUGUGCAACAUGGGAAGUGUUUAUGGUCUGAAUUAUUUAUUGUAACAUCCUGAGGAUGUAACUGAACAGAAAUGCUAUACCCUGAGCAGGUUUCCUUCUGCUUUCUCUCUCAACUUUAUGUUGCUAUCUAUAGACCUUUAGUUAGUAGCAUGUUUGCUUCAGGUAGAGACUUUGAUUGUCCCACCUUGCAUUUCUUUUUCUUAACUACACAUCUAAGAUUCGCUGUAGUGGGAAGUCUUGCUCUGAAGUGUCUAUCAUUCAUUUGCCUAAGGUAUUCUGUUUGUACAUUGGGGCCUAGCACAAUGGAGUCCUGGUCCAUGACUGGGGCUCUAAGCAUUACGAUAAUAAAUAAUAAUAGGAUUGGGAAUUAAUCAGAUUGUUGACCACUGGAGUGCAGUCUCUCUGAAUCUUCACAAACUGUGGUCUGCAGAAUAAACAGGUUGUUAAUUCACUGAAGAAAGUUGAUUGGGUAUAAAUGGCUAAAAAGCAUAAUUACGGGCACAGGUUUCACUGCCUAGGGACAUUGUUCGCUGGCAUAAUGUAUUUAAACUUGUUACUGGACUAGGCGACAAUGAGGUAAAUGGCUGGUCUUGACAGAGGAGUCGCAUGGUAAUGUUACACCUUUUAAUGCUAAUAUGAGGUCUUAGGAAAUGUUAAUUUUAAUGCUGCUGUAUUUUCUUUAAUUUUAUUUUUAUAUCUACUGGUAGUUUUAUCUUUAAAUUGUGCUGCCAUCUGCUGGAAAUGAGUGGCAAUUGUUGAACACCAAUGAAGGCCACAUGACAAGACAAAUCGGAACGUAAUAAUUUUAAUGUCUGCUCCAAUCUCCAUUAGAAUUUUAUCUUCUGUUUUAAUGUGGGCAAGUCCAUUAACAGACAUUUCCAGAUGUACUUGUUUUCCUGGUGCUUUUGCCACAAUUAGAACUAAAUGUAACUCUUAAAAUUGGAGAAUUAAAGGGAUUGACCUUCACAGGUGUGUGUGUGUCUGCUGUGCUUCCACCUGUCCUAACAAUGGAUUAUUUUCUCAUUUUAAUUGUGUAGUCCUGAGCAGCUGGUCAUUCCCUUGUUUUGGAGGCAUUUGAAUUUACCAUAUCAGAUAAUGGCAGCUACUGCUGGUGUAUCCAGCCAUGUGAUGCCUUAAGGAACUUUCAGUGGACUAGUACUUUUUAUGCAAUUUAUACUGGAAGGACCAUAUUCUGUUGCACCCUGUGCAGUUCCAGUUACAGUACUUCGAUGACACUACAUGGAGCAUAAGAAAAAAUUUCAUUCUGCCCUUUCUCUGGUGGAGUUAAUGCUUCAUCUAAAAUAUUUUUAUAAAGUUUUGCGGAUGCUUUUGAAACACAUUGUUUUAAUGUUUAAUGGACCAUUAUCAAUGGUUUAAAUACUGAUUUUUUAUUUUAUUUUAUUUUUUUAAAUCUGGAAUGUGCCUUUUAUCAGGACAGACAUUAAAGAAAGUCAUUCAUGGUAAGAAUGGACCUAGUUAACUGGAACUAUAAUAUGCUCAAAAACAAAAUGAGGGAGUCUGCAGUUUGGGAACUGAGCUCACCAGCCACAGGCUAUCACUUUAAAUAUACUAAAGUUUCUUGUAGUUUAAAGGAUGUCAUGUAUUGACUAAUUAAACUUUGAAAAACAAUUUUGUUUUAAAACUGAUCACUAUAUUGUCUAACUAUUAUUUGUUUUUACCAAACUCAGAAAUAAAAACAAACACAUUAAAACAAA